GAUCGCCGGUCCGCUGUGUCCCUCAGACACAGCAGAUCACGGAAAGAGCCAAAGAUGUCAGCUUGGUCAUGUGAUCAGCUGUGUCCAAUCACAGCUGAUCACAUGGCACUGAUGAUCAGUGUGCCCUGAUGAUCAGUGUGGCCCCAGAAGUGCCACCUCUCAGUGCUCAUUAAUGCCAGUGCCCAUCAGUGCCACAUCAAUGCCACAUAUCAGUGCAUACCAGUGCACAUCAAUGCCACAUAUCAGUGCCCAUCUGAGCUGCCUUUCAAUGUCACCCAUCAGUGCCAGUCAGUGCCAUAUAUCAGUGUCAUGUAUCAGUGUCAUGUAUUAGUGCUGCCUUUCAGUGCCCAUCAGUGAUGCCUGUCAAUGCCCAUCAGUG